AUGACAACAAUGUUCGUCCAACUGCGCCGUGUAGUGUACCUGUUGGUACUUCUGCAAUGCUGUACAUGUUUGGCCCCUGUAGAGGCAAGUGGUGACAUGGGAGAUGUACAUGAUGAACCUAAAAAGGUAGGUGAGGAAAAAUGGCAAGAGGGGCUGGAGAUGUUGGUGGAUUCAGCGUAUGUUAUGUUUGUGCAAGGGCGCGGUUGUUUGACCGUCUGGAAGGAAGUCGCGGUGGAAUGCAACAAAAGUACCAAGGGGCUACCUACCGUUGUCAAAGGGAUCGAGGGGCCUGUUAAAGAGUUAGAAGGUAUUAAGGUGUUUGUUGUCAGUCCAGUAGAAGCAAAAAAAGUUGAUGGUGUGGUGGAGCGGAUUUUUACGGCAGUACAAGCUACCGUGGACGCAGCUUACGGGACGGUCGUGUCAGAAAAAGUGACGUGGUGGGUAGCAAGGAAUUGUUUGACCACAAAGGAAAACUGGGAAGGAGAGAAACAGCGAUUUGCAUCAAUCAAAGAUCAUUUUGCGGAUGCACUCGGCAAAACACUGAAUGAGACGAUGGAAAGAUUAACACUCGUCAAGAACAGCAGUAAAAUAUACGAGGAGAUGGGUUUUCUCGAGGGGAAUCUCACUGCAUACAAUUGGGAGAGCAACUACAUGUUGGGGAAGACCCUUGAAGAGGUAAAGGCGGCGAAACAGAAGAUAGAUGCCGCAUAUACAGAACUAAAGAGGAUAGAGGACCACAAAGAGGAGACGGCAGAGGAGUACACUGCGAUAAAAAGAAAAAUCGCUGAAUUCAAAGACAAGGUUAAGGGGAAAUUUGACGAGGUGGAAAAAUUGGCGCGAAGGACGCCACUCAGAAGAAAUCUGGGGGAUACUAAACAAGCCGUUGAAGAAAAAUUGAAGAAGGCAAGGGAUGGAGCGGCGCGGGAAGGGGCUGAGACUGUAAAGGAGGAAGUCAAAAAAAUGGUUGAAGAAGAACUGGCCCAAAGAGAAAGAGAAGCCGAGGAGAGAAGGGUGCAAGAACAAGCCCAAAGGGAAAGAGAAGCCGAGGAGAAAAGGGUACAAGAACAAGCCCAAAGGGAAAGAGAAGCCGAGGAGAAAAGGGCAAAAGAACAAGCCCAAAGGGAAAGAGAAGCCGAGGAGAAAAGGGCAAAAGAACAAGCCCAAAGGGAAAGAGAAGCCGAGGAGAAAAGGGCAAAAGAACAAGCCCAAAGGGAUAGAGUGGCGCAGGAGAAAAAGGAAAAAGAAGAACAGCAGAAACGGGCAGCGGAUGAGGAAAAGGUAAGACAGGCAAAGGAAGAGGCGAUGAAGAAGGCAGAAAAGAUUAAGAAAAAUGACAGCAGCCCUGUAUUGGUGCGCAGUCCAUUGAUGCUGCUUCUUUUUCUGAUUGGUGCGUUGGGUUGCAAUUUCGUGUGCUAA